CGUACCACUGCGCCUGCGCGGCGGGGGGAUGUUGUGACAGCAGUAAACCAGUACCAGAACCAGAACCAGUACCGGCAGCAGAGACGGAGCAGAACCUGCAGAUCCUCCUCUGACCCGAUGAAACCGAGCCCAGGCCUGUAGUUCGUCAUAACGUAGUGUUUUAACCCCGGAUAAUCAUGGCGUUCAGCAAGGGCUACCGGAUCUACCACAAGCUGGAUCCUCCCCCGUACAGCGUGAUCGUGGAGACCCGGACCCGGGACGAGUGUCUCAUGUUCGAGUCGGGGGCCGUCGCCGUGCUGUCGGCAGCGGAGAAAGACGCCAUCAAAAGCUCGUACAGCAAGAUCGUGGACGCCUACGGGAUUCUGGGAGUUCUGCGUCUCAACCUGGGAGACUCGAUGCUGCACAGCCUCGUAGUCGUGACCGGCUGCAGCUCGGUGGGGAAGGUGCAGGAGUCCGAGGUGUUCCGGGUCACGCAGACCGACUUCAUCUCCCUGAAGAACGACCCGGCGGACGAGGACCGGAUCUCCGAGGUCCGGAAGGUUCUGAACUCGGGACAUUUCUACUUCGCCUGGUCGUCCAGCGGCGUGGGCAUGGACCUGAGCCUGAACGCUCACCGCCGCAUCCUGGAGGACACCACCGACAACCGCUUCUUCUGGAACCAGUCCCUGCACCUGCACCUGAAGCAUUACGGCGUGAACUGUGACGACUGGCUGCUGCGGCUGAUGUGCGGCGGCGUGGAGGUGAGAACCAUCUACGCCGGACACAAGCAGGCCAAGGCCUGCAUCUUCUCCCGGCUCAGCUCGGAGCGGGCGGGAACGCGCUUCAACGUCCGGGGAACCAACGACGACGGGCAGGUGGCCAACUUCGUAGAGACGGAGCAGGUGAUCUUCCUGGAUGAUCAGGUCUCCUCCUUCAUCCAAAUCCGUGGCUCCAUCCCUCUGUUCUGGGAGCAGCCGGGAAUCCAGGUCGGAUCCCACCGGGUCAAACUGUCCAGAGGGUUUGAGGCCAACGCUCCGGCGUUUGAGAGACACUUCACGGCUCUGCGGACGCUGUACGGGAAACAGGUGAUCAUCAACCUGCUGGGGAGCAAAGAAGGAGAACACAUGCUGAGCAAAGCCUUCCAGAGCCACCUGAAGGCGUCGGAACACGCCGCCGCCGUGAAGAUGAUCAACUUCGACUACCACCAGAACGUGAAGGGAGGGAAGACGGAGAAGCUGCAGAGCGUCCUGAAGCCCCAACUCAGCAGAUUCAUCGACGACUGUGGAUUCUUCUACUACUCUGGAGACCAGGGGAUCGUCAGGACUCAGGGAGGAACCCUCAGGACCAACUGCCUGGACUGUCUGGACAGAACCAACAGUGUUCAGGCUUUCUUUGCUCUGGAGAUGCUGCCCCAGCAGCUGGAGCAGAUGGGGCUAACGGAGAAGCCCCAGCUGGUUGCCAGGUUCCAGGAGGUUUUCAGGACCAUGUGGUCGGCUAAUGGAGACUCCGUCAGUAAGAUCUACGCCGGCACCGGAGCGCUGGACGGGAAGGCCAAGGGUGGGAAGUUAAAAGACGGAGCCCGGUCGGUGACCCGGACCAUCCAGAACAACUUCUUCGACAGUUCCAAGCAGGAGGCCAUAGAUAUCCUGAGACUCGGCUCCACGCUGAAUAGCGACCUGGCGGACAAGGCUCGCGCGCUGCUCACCACGUCUAGUCUUUACGUCACUGAGCCUGUCUUGCAAUCAGCCUCCCCCCGGGUCCUACUGGGCAUGUGCCAGAGCUUCCACAAAUACACCCGUCCCAAGCAGAUCCGGGUGGGCGUCGGCACCUGGAAUGUGAACGGGGGGAAACAGUUCCGCAGCAUCGCCUACCGGAACCAGACGCUCAACGACUGGCUGCUGGACGCGCCCAAGAAGGCCGGCCUGCCCGACUUCCAGGACAGCAAAGCCAACCCCAUCGACAUCUUUGCCAUCGGCUUUGAGGAGAUGGUGGAGCUGAACGCCGGGAACAUCGUCAGUGCCAGCACCACCAACCAGAAGCUCUGGGCGGCCGAGCUGCAGAAGAAUCUGUCCCGGGACCACAAGUACGUCCUGCUGGCGUCGGAGCAGCUGGUGGGAGUCUGUCUGUUCGUGUUCAUCCGCCCGCAGCACGCGCCGUUCAUCAGGGACGUUGCCGUGGAUACGGUGAAGACGGGGAUGGGCGGGGCCACGGGGAACAAAGGGGGCGUGGCCAUCCGGCUGCUGUUCCACACCACCAGCAUCUGCUUCGUCUGCUCUCACUUCGCCGCCGGCCAAUCACAGGUCAAGGAGAGGAACGACGACUACAACGAGAUCACGCGCCGCCUCACCUUCCCCAUGGGCCGGCUACUCUACUCCCACGACUACGUGUUCUGGUGCGGGGACUUCAACUACCGCAUCGGUCUGCCCAACGACGAGGUGAAGGAGCUGAUCCGGCAGCAGAACUGGGACGCCCUGACGGCCGGAGACCAGUUACUGGAGCAGAAGAACUCUGGACUGGUGUUCCGAGGUUUCAUCGAGGGAAACCUGGACUUUGCUCCCACGUAUAAAUACGACCUUUUCUCGGAGGAUUACGACACCAGUGAGAAGUGUCGUACGCCGGCCUGGACCGACCGGAUCCUGUGGAAGAGACGGAAGUGGAACUUCAACAAGACGGCGGAGGAGAUGAACGUGGUGGGCGGAGCCUCCACGGCGGCCGACGCCCAGGACGACCCGGAGACCUGGAGCCCCGGAACCUUGAAGUUCUACGGAAGAGCCGAGCUCAAGACCUCCGACCACAGGCCGGUGGUGUCGGUGAUGGACGUGGACGUCCUGGAGGUGGACCCUGAGGCCCGGCACCAGGUCUACAAGGACGUGAUCGCCCUGCAGGGCCCGCCCGACGGAACCAUCCUGGUGUCGCUCUGCUCGUCCGGGCCCAGCGACUUCUUCAGUGACGAGCUCAUCGACGAGCUGCUGGACAAGUUCGCCCAGUUCGGAGAGGUUAUUCUCAUCAGGUUUGUGGAGGAGAAGAUGUGGGUAACUUUCCUGGAAGGAUACUCCGCGCUGGCCGCACUGUCGCUCAGCGCCUCCACGGUUCUGGGGAAGAUGAUCGAUAUCCGUCUGCGGAGUCCCGGCUGGAUCCGGAGUCUGGAGGAGGAAAUGAGCGUGGAUAGAAUCUGCGGCAGCAUCCCGACCUCGGCCAGCUCCACGCUGCUGGCUGAAGACGUGGACCUGGGGGACGACUACGAUAUGGAGGGGGACGUGGACGAGGAGCUGGAGCAGAUCCUCCCCCAGCACCUGCAGCCCGGGUCCGGGUCGGGGUCGGGGUCUGGCCCGGGCUCGUCCCCCCUGGCCUCCCCCCGGGGAAGCCCCUGCCCCUCCCCCACCCACGGGGAAGCCCCCAGCCGGCCCGGCCGCUCCCAGCACCCACGCAGACCCUCGCAGGGUCCCCCCGUUGACUUCCAGCCCGGCGGCCCCCCAGCAGCUCAGGCCCUGGAGCCCCGACGCCCUCCUCCCCCCCGGCCUGGGGGGGCGCCCCCACCCAGACCAGCCCCGCCCCAGCGCCCACCGCCCCCCACAGGAGGGAUGAGCCCCCUGGUGGUCCGGAGGGAGUCCAGAGGUCGAGGCCCGGCAGGACCAGGACCAGGAGGAUUCUCCAGACCCAACAUUCCUCCCAGGGCCGGAGUCAUCAGCCUGCCCCCCCAGGGCCGCCCGUCACCCCCCUCCCAUCCCGGGGCCCCCAGGCCCGUCCCAGAGCUGCACCCUGGGGCCCCCCGGCCAGUUCCAGACACCCACCCCGGGGCCCCCCGGCCUCCCCCCGGGGGCCUGGCCAAGCCCACAGACCUGCCGCUAGGUCCCCCCCCAUCAGGAGCCCCCCCGGCCCUGCAGCCCCAGCCAGCCCCCCCGGCCCCGUCCCAGCUCCCUCAGCCCCUGCAGCCCUCUCUUCCAGCCCCCCUGCAGCCCCAACAGGCGGCGGCCGCCCCCGCGGGGCCCCAGCAGCCGGGGGGGCCCCAGCAGCCGGGCCUGGCCUCCCCCAAACCGCCCCCCCGGUCCCGGUCCUCCCACGCUCUGCCCCCCGAGGCGGCGCCGGCGCCACAGAGCAACGGCCUGAACGGGUUCCAGCCAGAAGCCCAGCGGAGACCUGACCCCGCCCACUUCCUGCCCUCCGGUCCCGCCCACUUCCUCUCGUCCUGCCCCCCCCUGGCCACCCGGUCCCUGAGCCGGGGCUGUUCCCUGCGUCAACCGCCCUCCCUCCCCUGUAGCUCCGCCCCCUCCCUCCCCUCCGCCACCACGCUGCCCGCCUUUAGCUCCGCCCCCUCCGCCCUGAUCCCGCCCCCUCCCACUCCGUCCCGGAGCCGCUCCCAGGAGCUGCUGCGUGGCUCCUCCCCCGGCCCCGCCCCCCGGGCCGAGGCCCCGCCCCCCCGGCCCAGCAGCACCAACCCCUUCACCGCGCCGCUAGCUCAGCCUAGCCGCCGCCCGCUAACGCCGGACUUCAGCCUGGCCACGCCCCUCAUCCCCCUGCCUGGCCCCGCCCCCCAGCUCGCCAGGACCAUGUCCCUGUUUGGCCCCGCCCCCUGCCUGCCCCUGGCCCCGCCCUCCUCCCUCCCUGGCCCCGCCCCCUCCCUCUCUGGCCCCGCCCCCGCACGGCGGUGGGUCACGUUUGACGACGACGAGCUGGACUUCCCCCCCGCUCCCCGGACCAAACCCCCACACAACCCCUUCACGGCCCUGGAGGAGUCCACGGAACGAUGACCCCGCCCCCUCAGGGCGGGGGGCGGGGCCUCAGGGAGGGGGCGGGGCCAGACCUGUACAGAUAAACAGAUAAACGUGUAAAUUGUGUGUUAAUGUACAAAAGAGACAGUAUUUAAGAAGUCGAGCCCUUGAGAACCGGAGGGGGGGUUAUGGUACCAGGGGGGCCGUGGUCCUGGUACCCCGGGGGGGCCGUGGUCCCGGGGGGGCCGUGGGACUAGUACUGGGGGUUUCUGAUGGGGGUUCUGACGGGUCCAGCCUCCUCCCUGAUUCAACCACCUGUUUAUUUGUAUUUAUGGCAAAAACACGUGAAAUAUAUCCAGAUGUUUAUGUACGUGUGCAAUAUCAGGACCGGGUGGGGGA